UGGAAAAGGGAGAGGGAAAAUAGGAUAGUUAAGGACUACAAAUAUGACUUUGUUGAUGUUCAUGAGUUCGAACAUCAUGAUUGCUUUCACAAAUUACGAUACUCUUGGGUCUUCAUUAUCGUUUUAAAAGCAGUGAUGGUUUAUAUUGCCGAUUUAUAUUCUAUGACAGCUCUGUUACUUAACAAUAACUGGGCUAGUACG